AUGCGCAACGCCCGCAGACCGCUCAAGCUACCAGCUCGACCGCGCGAAGCGGACGAAGCGGACGAUAGCGAUGGACUCACGACAUCGCCCGCCGAGUCUUGGAUCCCAGCGAGGCUCAGGCAAGGAACGCUGUUGCUCAAGGUGAGCGCAAAGAAAGCACAGCAGCGACUCGUCAAGAUUGUCCCCGAAGAGGGCAGACUGCUUUACGAGUCGCGAAAAGGCGGUAUCGUCAAUCUAGAGAGUAUCCGCGAGCUACGGUUCGCAGAAGAAGGUCGACCGUACAGGCUGCAGUUCGGUCUUCCUAUCACAACUGAGCCUCGCUGGAUGACGCUCGUCUUCAGUACCUCCAUUGCUGCCAAAUUCAAGAUGCUUCAUUUCGUUGCGCUGUCGGACGAGGCUUUUACGCUGUGGCGAGAUGCACUUCUUCGUCUCUUCAACCAGCGCGCGAGACUCAUCGGAGGCCUCGAUCACGUCCGUAGACGACAGCGCUUCUUUCUCAGACAAUGCUGGUCCCUCGCCGUCAGCGGCUUUCAAUCGGCUGACGAGGCUACCGCGUCGCCUGCAAACAUCCAGGACGAUCACGUCAGACUGUCUUUUGCAGAAGUGUCUGGUAUCUGUCGUCGUCUGGCUAUCGGUGUCGAUCUCCUCACUUUGCGAAGUUACUUCGACUUAUCCGACCGCAGGAAAGACAGUUUCUUGAGCUUUACCGAGUUCCAAGACUUUGUCGGUCUUCUGCGCUACCGAAAGGAUGUCGAAGCUAUCGUUCGACAGUAUGGCCAGAGUCAAAAGCAAGGAACGCAGCCUUUGCUUGAUUACCCUGCGUUUCAGCGCUUCAUGCGCGAUUGCCAGAAAUCUCAGAUGGCCGACAGCGCACUCGAGGGGCUGCACCAAAAGUUCGCUGACCCUGCUGCGACAUUGAUGCUCGACGGACGCGAAAAGUUCCACAUGACGACAGAGGGCCUUACCAGCUUCCUGGCCUCCGCCGACAAUGGCUUCAUCGCAGAACGCGAAGCCCGGGUACACAUGGACAUGACGCGGCCGCUAUGCGAAUACUUCAUCAACAGCUCACACAACACAUAUCUCCUGGGAGGCCAACUGGCAGGCAACAGCUCAGUCGAGGGCUACAUCAGAGCGCUUCAGCAGGGCUGCCGUAGCGUCGAGCUUGACGUCUGGGAUGGUACAGAUAGCACAAGCGAGCCGGUCAUCUAUCACGGCCGCACGCUCACUACACGUAUCGAGGCAAGUGAAGCGAUCCGCGCCAUCGCAAAGUAUGCCUUUGUCGCAUCCUCAUAUCCCGUCAUACUCAGUCUCGAGAUACACUGCGACAAUGCUCGACAAGCUCGACUGGCUUCACUCUUGCGUGACUUGCUCGGUCCUGCUCUCGUAUACGAUCGCCUGAUGACGGACACCAAUGAACUCUGCGAUCUACCCAGCCCCCAUGAGCUCCAGCACCGCAUCUUGAUCAAGUGCAAGACAUUGAAUAAAGCUGCUCCCACAAGCGGCGUCAAGUCAAUGAUCCAACGACGCAGCUCCGAUCUCACUUCGUCGACCGACACGACAGAUGCCAACGGGUCAGAUGCUGGACUCGGCAGAGCUUUCAAUAAUGCUUUCCGUAAGAUGCGGUCAUCUUCGCCCCCGCGCUCAAACACUCGCAAUCCCUCCUCGCGUCUGUCGUCGUCUCCAGAGCGACUGGUUGCGAGCAUUGGCUCUUCUGAUGCUGUCUCAGCCCUUGCGCUGGCACGGUUGGCAGUGUAUACGCAAGGUGUUCAGGGUAGGGGCUUCAACAAGAAGGAACACUAUGCACCAACACACAUGAUCUCUCUCGGCGAGCGUCGAAUGCUCAAGACGAUCCGGGAUGCGCGGAUGGAGUUGAUCGCUCACAGUAGAACGCAUCUGCUUCGAUGCUAUCCUUCGGCAACGCGAUUCACGUCCAGCAACUUCAGCCCACUACAAUUUUGGGUCAACGGUGUAUCCAUGGCCGCCAUGAACUUUCAGACCUUCGACCUCGGCUACGAAGUCAACGCGGCGUUCUUCUCGACGAAUGGGACGUGUGGCUACAUAUUGAAGCCAGACAUAUUGCGUCGCAAGGGUCUGGAGAAAGACAAGGAUGCUCUCGUCAGGGUGGAUACGUACCGGCUCAGACUGGUGAUUGUUUCGGCUCAGCAGCUCAGUCGUCCUUCCGAUCCGGCGGAGGGCAUCGGCGCUUUCGUGAGCGAGGAUGCUCGUCCUAUCUCUCCGUACGUAGAGGCGAGCGUCCUGGUACCUGGCGGGCGCGCGUAUCGCUUCCGCUCGCAGACUAUACAUGGGAACGGCUUCAACCCGAUCUUUGAUGCCGUCUGGGAACUCGACAUCGAAGUCGAGCUCGGUCUCUUGGAUUUCGCUUUCCUGCACCUCUGUGUCAAUGACGACAACGAUAACGAAGUCGUCCUCGGCCGACACACUGUCAGUCUGCUGAACCUCUUGCCGGGCUACCGGCAUUUGCCCCUCUCGAACCAUGCUGGUCAACAGCAGCUGUUUGCUUCCUUGUUCAUCCAUUCGGUGGUGGACAGAAUCUGA